GUGUUAUUGUCCACUGCUAAUGAGAAUAAAGACAUGCGAUACUUUGAAAUAAUCUUGACGAGAAGAAAUAGUCUGUUUGAGGAAGGAAGUGGUCAAGACUAAUAAAACAACAAAACAGAAAGAGGUAGUUAAGCAAAGGGUCGUGGUUAAUAAGUAACAGUCAACAACGGUCUCCCCCACCCUGCAAAGCCUGCUGGGAAAAAUGAGUGCGUGUGUGUGUGUCUGUGUGUAUGCAUGCGGGGAGAUACGCUGUCAUAAAAAAGAAACAGGAAGACCGAGCAGCGCCUUUCUCGUACGAGCGUUUUGAAACCUCCAGCUCUGCUCCCAGUUCCUCGUCUGUCUCCGGCCGAAGGCGCCUGUCAUGGGUAGAGCGAAAGGCAAGACCGGGCCCCUGGCCCGGAGGCCCGACAACUCGGCUUUCAAGCAGCAGCGGCUACCUGCCUGGUCUCCCAUGCUAACAGCUAACACCGUGCUGCCUUUCUUCUACCUUUUGGCUUUGAUAUGCAUGGUGCUGGGAGUGUGGCUGCUUCUCACCGUGCAGAGCAUACAGGAAAUGAAGAUGGACUACACAGAGGCCGGGGGGUGUUAUGACUGCUUUGAAAAGCGUAAAAAUGUGACGAACGCAGCGAAGCCGUGCACCUGCACACUGCUGUUUUCCAUUGAGAAACCAUUUGAGGGUGAUGUCUUCUUCUACUACGGCCUCAAGAACUUCCACCAGAACCUCCGCAGGUACAUGGACUCGAGAGAUGAUGCACAGAUGGUCGGACGGAAGAAAAACCUUAAGACCCCCAGCACAUACUGUACGCCGUUUAUAUCUGAUUCAGAAAACCGCCCUUUUGCUCCCUGUGGCGCCGUGGCCAACAGCAUCUUCAACGACUCCUUCACUCUCAAAUAUCAGUCCAAUCCUUCUGUUGCGGUUCCUCUGUUGCGUAAUGGCAUCUCGUGGUACACGGACAAAAACAUCAAGUUCCGCAACCCUCAGGUCACCAACGGGACUCUGGCCAAGGCGUUUGAAGGCACAGCACCACCUCCGUUCUGGCAGAAGCCCGUGUAUGAGCUUGAUCCACAAGAACCAAUCAACAACGGCUUCAUCAACGAUGACCUGAUCGUAUGGAUGAGGGAGGCGGCGUUCCCCAACUUCAAGAAGCUCUACGGGAUUUUAAAUCGAGCCAAUCAUCCCUUCACCAAGGGGCUUCCAAAAGGGAAUUACACCAUCGAGAUUUCCUACAACUUUCCUGUGCAGCACUUCCAAGGCAGAAAGUUGGUGGUGCUGACCACGCUGACCUGGUUUGGAGGUCAGAACCAUUUCCUGCCCAUUGCCUACCUAGUGACCAGCAGCCUGAUCCUAGUGCUAGCCAUCAUCCUCACGGUGGUCUGGUGGAAGUUUGGAAAGGACGGGAAGAACAUGGAGGAGUGAAGCUGGAAAAAACAAACAAACUCAGAAGCAGAUGAAGAGUAAUUGUGCCGUUUCUUGGUUGUUUUUAAAGCGACGACAUAUCCCAAAUGACGGGAACGCUGGUGCGAGCGAAUGAGGGAGAAGGACAAUUUGGUACAAUUUGAUAACAGCUUGCGGAGGAAAGAGCCGAGCCGAGUCUGACAUCUGGAAAAUUACUUUCCCUAUCAACUCGAUGAUCCACACGCGUGAUGAGGCUGCUCUGAACAGCCGCUCGUGGGAAAGCUGUUCCCGUUAGCACUGGCUACUUAUUUACUUGCUGAUUUUACUUGAUAAACGUGUGUAUUUUUCAACACUAGGCAUUUUUUGUACAUCAUUUAAUGUAAUAUCCUUAGUAAUUAUUGCAUUUUAAAACGACUCCAAUACAGCCACAGUGGUGUUGAGGCUGUAUUUUCCAUAAAUGAAGGGAAAAAAUUGAAAGAAGAAAACUGAAAAUUUGUUAAGUGAUUACAAAUGAGCUUCCAAACUGUGCGUUACUGUUGUUAGAGUUGGGUGCAGCACAUGUUGAUUCUGUAUCUGUCAUAGAAGCUUGUAUGAUGAGACCAAGACGUAAAGACACGUUAAAGGGAUACUCCACUCCUUUUCGAAAUUUGUGUCAAAUGCCAAUGCAGUUAACACAAUUGGAUUGCCUCGGGCAAAUAUAGACUUGGGACUAUAGUCCCUCUAUGUUUUGAUCAUUGAAUUUUCUGUUUAGAAAAGGAUAUUAAAAAACAAAAAAUUAGUGGUUAUUUGAUUUUCAUUUUACAAUUCAAAAAUUAAAAUUUAAGGCAUUUUUCUUUAAAACCCCGCUUGCUUUUAAUUUUUUUCUAAAAACAAUAAAAUCGUUAGAAGACGAAAACAAAAAAAGCGCCAUUUGUUCAUAUUGUGGGACCGGAAGUUGUCGUUUUCAAAGUAAGAGCAUUUAUAAGGAAGGCUGUGUAACAAGUUGAUGACAUGGAUCAAUACGUUGUUUUUUGAAACAAUAAAAGAGCGUGUCUCAGGAAAGACGACAUGACUGCAGAAAAUCUAAGCCGCAUAUUUCAGGUGAAAACUAACAACUACAUCUAAUCAGGGAAUUGUAAGCUAGUAGCUAACAUUAUAGAUUUCUGCAGCCGACGAAUCAUGUCCAAAAUCAAUCACGCAAUGCCGUCCUCAUACGUGCUCUUACUUUGAAAACAACAACCGGUUGCAAAAUAUGAAAAAAAAAAACGGUCGCUUUUUUUUUAAUUUCUGAUUUCUAACAAUUUUAUUUUUUAUUUUUAGAAACAGAAAAUGAAAAUAGUCCGGUUUUUGAAGUUUUGUUUAUCCCUUUUCGGCCCUUAUAAAAAAAUGUUUUGAAUUUCAAUUUAAAUUUUUUGAAUUUUAAAAUAUCCUUUUCUAAACCGAAAAUCAAAUGAACAAAACAUACGAGGCACCACGCAGCACCUGGGAUAAAAAUGUCAAGGCCGGUUUGUUGAUAGAAGUUGACUUUAUUUAUCACUUUUGCCAAUUGGCAGCUCUACAUUACAACGGAUAUGCUAAGCUAAAGCUAACAGCUGCGUUGCCGGAUUAGGACAAUAAUUGGAUCGAUUUAAAAACGCCUUUUCUCACUUAAACAAAACGGUGUGUGACUAAAUUUCACAUCCAUUUAAUACCAGGAAUCUAGAGACCAUUAAAUUUGUCUUGUUUGCUGAUCUCCGACAUGUUGCAAUUACAUUUUUUUUAACGUACUAGUGUUUACCUCCGUAGUUUACAAGUCCUACCAUUAGCAACAUUUGCUAAUUAGCGCUUAAAGCUCAGAGGAAGGUGGUGGCAACGUUAUUAGCCUGGUGAAUUUUUAGUCAUUAAAGGAAACAAAUUUUUUACGAUGGCACUUUUAACCGGUGAUUGCUUAAGGCAGCACUCGUGUUGUUGGAGUUUGCCCUGAGAGGAAUGUGAUCACAAAGUUUUAUGGUCGUCCGUCCAUGUCAUUCGUUGAUAGCACAGUCCAGAUGUUUAUCGCUGAUUUCUUUCGGCCCAUAAAAAUCACUUGUAAAUAUUUAUUUUGAUGUAAGAUUUGUAAUAAACUGCACUUCCUUUUUAAAAA